AUGAAGUCUCGGCUUUCUGAUGAUUUCACAUUUCCGUUUGUGAUUAAGGCCUGUGCGGCUUUGGGAGAUGCUAAGAUUGGUAAAGAGGUUCAUGGUGUUGUGAUUAGAACUGGGUUUGAGCAGAACCUUGUGAUACAGACUAGUUUGGUUGAUUUAUAUGCAAGAACUGGGUGUGUGGAAGUUGCACGCCAAGUGAUUGAUAUAAUUCCCCAACCGGACUUGGUUCCUUGGAAUGCAUUGAUAGCUGGUUAUUCGUGGAAUGGAUUUGAUUGGGAAGCCUUGAAGGUUUUCAGGAAGAUUGUUUUCAGUGAUUUGAAGCCGAAUUUGAGCACUCUAGCUAGCAUUGUUCCUGUUUGCACUCGUUUGGGGUGUGUUAAUGCUGGUAAGUCUCUUCAUUGCUUUGCUGUCAAGUCUGGAUUCCUUUCGAAUGAUUUUCUGGUUCCUGCUUUGAUUUCAUUGUACGCUGGGGAUGGGGAUUUAUGUGGUGCUAGAGACUUGUUUGAUUCUGUAGGGGAUAAGAGUAUUGCUGUUUGGAAUGCCAUGAUUUCCUCAUACACACAAAGGCAAGAGCCUGUGUUAGCUUUUGAGUUGUUCCGGUUGAUGCUGCUAGUUAACAUAAGGCCUAAUUUGGUCACUUUUGUGUCGAUUAUUCCCUCAUUAGAGAGUUUCACUUGCCUUUCGUUGGGUGAGUCUAUUCAUGCUUGUGCAGUUAAACAUGGAUUAGAAAAUCAGCUUCCGGUAUUAACUGCCCUGGUGUCAAUGUAUGCCAAACUUGGCUGUAUUGAUGAAUCCAGGUAUCUUUUUGACCAGAUGCCGAGUAAAAACCUUCUUUUGUGGAAUUCAAUGAUUUCUGGGUACGUGCACAAUGGGUUAUGGGAUUUAAGUCUGGGUGUGUUCCGUGAUAUGCAAGUUUCAAGAGUUGAUGUGGAUGCAGUCUCCAUUAUUAGUAUUCUUUCUGCUUGCUCCAAACUUGAGGCUGAUUUGUUGGGUAGGUCUGUCCAUGCAUUUAGUAUUAGAAAGGGUAUCCAUUCAAACCUCAAUCUGUCAAAUGCAUUGUUGGCGUUUUACUCUGAUUGCCAUCGUCUCUCCUACCCUAUUAAGUUGUUUCACAAAAUGCCUCUAAGAAAUGCCAUAACAUGGAAUACAUUAAUAUCCGCUUGUGUGCAUCAUGGAGAACUGGAAGAAGCAGUUGCCUUGUACUACCAGAUGCAGAAAGAGGGUUUCAAGUUGGACUUGGUCACCUUGACAAGCAUACUCCCUGGUUGCAGUGACGAGGGAAACUUAGGGCAAGGAAUGGCUUUUCAUGGUUAUGCAAUAAAACACGGGUUUGCUUCUGACAUUUCUCUGCUUAAUUCACUUAUUAGCAUGUAUUGUAACUGUGGAGACCUUCAUGCUGGGAGGUUGGUUUUCGAAACCAUGCCCGAAAAAAGUGUGGUAUCUUGGAAUGCUCUAAUGACUGGCUUCAAGAAUCAUGAUUUACAAAAUGAGGUCAUUGCCAUCUUCAGCCAGAUGAUAAAGGAUGAUCAGAGACCAAAUUAUGUUACAUUGCUAAAUCUGUUGCCUGCAUGCUACACCCGGUUACAAGGUAAGUCUAUUCAUGCUUUGGCCGUUAGAGCUGGUAUUCUCCAUGAAACCCCGCUUCUUUCAUCACUCAUGUUUAUGUAUGCCAGAUUUGACAACCAUGAUUCAUGUUUCUUACUGUUUCAAACAAGAAAAAUAGAGGAUAUUUCUUUGUGGAAUGCCAUUAUGUCAGUGCAAAUACAGAGGAAAAGUAGCGAGAAUGCAGUGGGAUUUUUCACUAGCUUGCUUCGGAUUGGAUUGGAACCAGACAAUGUGACCCUUUUGAAUUUGGUUUCUGCAUGUGCUCAACUGAAUAGCCUCAUUCUUUCUAGUUCUGUCAUGAGUUACAUCAUUCGCAAGGGCUUUGACAAAGAUCUGGCUAUCAGCAAUGCACUAAUAGAUUUGCAUUCAAGAUGUGGAAACAUAUGCACUGCGAGAAAGCUGUUUGAUGAGUUGGUAAAGAGAGAUUAUGUGUCUUGGAGUGUGAUGAUUAAUGGGUAUGGCUUGAAUGGGAAUGGUGAAGCUGCUCUGGAUCUUUUCUUGCAGAUGAAGCUAUCAGGGAUGGCACCUAAUGGGAUUACUUAUUUAAGUGUUUUAUCAGCUUUCAGCCAUUCUGGAUUGGUGGAGCAAGGCCGUGCCGUUUUCAAAUCUAUGGCAGAACAUGGGAUAACACCCCAGAUGAAGCACUAUGCUUGCAUGGUGGACCUUCUAGGAAGAACAGGUAAUUUGACAGAGGCUUGUGACAUUGUGAGGGGACUGCCCUGCAAACCUUCUACAAGCCUACUCGAGUCUCUGCUGGGUGCUUGCAGAAUUCAUGGGAGUGUUGAACUUGGAGAGAAAAUUGCUGGGUUGCUCUCUGAAUCGGACCCUGAAAAUUCAAGACCACAUGUAAUGCUUCAUAAUAUUUAUGCAGCAGCUGGGAGGUGGACUGAUGCUGAUAGAGUAAGGUCUAGGAUUGAAGAGAGAAGCUUGAGAAAAGUACCUGGAUUUAGUCUUCUAAUGGGAAAUUAA